AUGCUGGUGACCUAUUUGGAAGCCAGCCGGGACCUAUGCGAGACGGACUCAAUUCUCUUUGGCGCCGCACUGGCAGUCUGCCGUAUUAUAGGCGCCAAACUUUCCACGGCUGCACGCACUACUGGACAAAGUAGUGCUAUCCCAGCCUGGAGAACAAGAAUUAUUGAAGAACGUAUCACAAAGGCUAGGGCCCUCAUCGGCAGACUUAUAUGCUUCAGGUCAGGCAAUACCAGGCCAAGGAUUGUGCGCACCGUCAGGAAGGCGUUUGCAUGGACAAAUGUUAGUUUGUCCCAGCCGGAUAUAAUGCAAAAACUGACGGAGCGCAUAGACGACCUGAAGCAGAGAAUCGCUGCUUGGGGUAAGCGGAUUCGGCGAUAUACCGAGAGGUCGACACGGUUCAACCAGAAUCGUCUCUUCGAGAGUUAUCAGAAGAGGCUCUAUAAAUCAUUGGAGCGACCAAUGGUAAGUGGAACGGGCCCAGUACCGAAUCAGGCCGACACGGUCGCAUUCUGGCGCAGCCUGUGGUCAGAGCCCAAAAACCACAACGAGGGCCCUUGGAUGGAAGUUGGGGCGAGUCAGUGUGCGAGUAUUAUGCCCAGGGACCCCGUCAGCAUAACGCCGGAUGACGUAGCUGAGGCGGUCCGUAGGGCCCCGAACUGGAAAAGUCCGGGACUCGACGAGCUGCAUCACUACUGGCUGAAGGCGUUCGUGGGCCGCUGCCUGGGGGGUCGCCGGGGCGCGUCUGGAGCUGGCGCUGGACGCGGCAGCUUGCGGGCCGCCAGCCGAGUGCGAGGAGCUGCACGAUCACCUAGCAGCCCCUCGCAUCCAUCAUCCCCACCAGAAGGCUUGGUGUCGGCUGAGUCUUCUCGGACCCAGCAAGCGGCACCCGCCGCUGGUGGAGCAUGUCGCAUGCGUUGGACAAAAUCCAUGAACGAAAACGCAUUGCGGGCGUACUAUAGGGCGAAAGGGGAAGAAACUGUGGGAAUAGCGUAUAGGUCUCGGAUGCAUUGCUUUUUUGCUGAGCUGGAGCCGUCUAUCCCCGUCACGGAACAAAACCUGGCAGACCGAGUUCGGUACAUCAUGCGCUCGAAAAUAUUUGAUGAUGCCGAACUCGAACGACUACGACGUGAGGCUAUUCCGUCGUCGAAUGAAUCGGCUAUGGCUGGAGAUGCAGCUCCACAUUCGACAGACCAGCAUCCACACGUGGAAGCCGCCAUGGAUCUUCCAGUUGUGGUUAAUUCGAACGACGAUGAAAUAGUCUACCACGAACUAGAGCAAAUGAGGGGUAUAUUGGAAGAGGCGAUUUUGGAAACGCGCAGCACCCCUCUCGAAAAUCGACCGCGACUUCCCCGCAUACCCUUAAGCAAGCGAAAUCGGGCUGUCGUGAGGGCUCUUAACCCAAUGCUGGUGACCUAUUUGGAAGCCAGCCGGGACCUUUGCGAGACGGACUCGAUUCUCUUUGGCGCCGCAGUGGCAGUUUGCCGUAUUAUUGGCGCCAAACUUCCCACGGCUGGACGCGCUACUACACAAACUAACGCCAUCCCAGCCUGGAGGAAAAGAAUCGAGGACCGUAUCGCAAAGGCAAGAGCCCUUAUCGGCAGACUGACAAGCCUCAGGUCGGGUAAUAAUAGACCGAGGAUUAUGCGCACCGUUAGGAUGGCGUUUGCUGGGACAAAUAUCAGUUUCUCCCAGCCGGAUAUCACGCAGAAACUAACGGAGCGCAUAGACGACCUGAAGCAAAAGAUCGCUGCUUGGGGGGAAGCGGAUUCGACGAUUUUCCGAGGGGUCAAGGCGGUUCAACCAGAAUCGUCUCUUCCAGAGUGA